AUGCUCUCCAACACCAACACCGACAUCGACACCGACCCCAUGAUCCCCUCGCAAUUCCCUUCCACAGUCCCACCCAUGACACCGACACCCAGACCACCUGCGACCAUCAAAUCCGAAUUACAAUCCUCCAUCCUCUACACUCAUCCUCUGAAAGCACCACACCAACGACCCCCCACCAUCGCUACUACACCCCCCGUUCGGGACAACAGCCACUCCGGCUCCACGUCUACUUCUCGUACCUCCUCCUCCACAACCACCACCGCAUCCUCCCACUCCUCGGCGCUCUCGCACCCUUCGGAACCUCCGACGGGUCUACAUUCACUCGGUAGCAAGAUCUCCGCUACGGUGGCCGCGCAUCCGGUCCUCGCGACGUUCGUGCUCGCGCAGGUGCUGUUCUCGGGGAUCCCGGUGUGUUUGUUUGUCGGGGGUGUGGUGGCGAGUGCGGCGUUGGCGGCGGGGGUGUUUACGUGCUUUGCGUUGUUGGUGCUAGGGCCGGUGGUCGUGGUUACCACUUUGGUGGCGGUGGGUGUUUGGGGGUCUGGAUGGGUGGUGUAUAAGGUUGGAGGGUGGGCGGUGAGGAGGGUUUUGGUCGCCGAGGUGAAUGAUGAGGUGGAGGGAAUUGCGGAGGGGGGCAGAAUGGGCAUGUGGCAUGGAGAUGGGGGAGUGGGGAGGUAG